CCCGUCGUAUGCGCCAGUGAAAUCUUAAACGCACGCCGGUUAAUCGCACGGUCGUCGGGGCCAGGUACAUCCACGUCGACGAACGUACAGCGUACGUACGUACGUACGUACAACGCCGCAACCCCUGCUCGUCACGCGCUUCUCCGUACCACUCGCCCUCUCUUUCUCUCUCUCUCUCUCUCUCUCUCUCCCUCUUUCUCCUCCGACUCUCCUGGCGGCACGGUAGCACAGGGGUGGCCGGCCGGGGGCGGCCGUGCUUUAAUCGCGGGGGAUAUAACGGCGAGUGUUGUGCGCUCCUCGCUCUCGUCUACCUCGCGUACGUACGUGCGUGCGAGCGAGCGGGACGGAGCGAGGCGCGGCGCGGCGAGUGCGACAAGGACAGCGACAGCGUCUCGGUGAGGAGCGCCGCGUGAGGAAGGGAAGACGCUACGGUCGUCGACAGCUAGUGAAUCCAGCCAGCCGCCAGUCAGCCUAUCAGUAGAUAUAAUCCGUCGCUAUACGGUCAGUGAAUCCAGCCAGAGUGCAACCAGCCAGACGCGGUGUCGCAGCGCGUCACCUCCUCGCGCUUUGAGAGAUAGAGGAGAAAGAGAAAGACGGGAAGGGAGAGAGAGAGAGAGAGAGAGACAGACAGAGAGACAGACAAAGAGAGAGAGAGAGAGAGAGACACCUUGCGAGGGUGUACGCGCGAGCAAGCUGGGCGGACAGCAGCGCGACCAGAGAGCAGCAUCCACCGAUAUAUAAUGCGACGUGCAGCCUUCUUCCUCCUCGCCUUGGUGGUCGUUCCUUCGGAAUAAAGCCGCACGCUUGCUGCUGGGACGGUUCCUUAUCUGCAGGGCUAUGACGUAAUGGCAAGAGAGGAGUUACGGACCAAGAGACCUUUUAAGAUAUGGGACAGCUGGCGUAACGUAAGAAAAGGGCUGGUCGUUAGCAAUUUUGAAGAAUUGAUUGUCCGGGGCAAGGAAAAACUGGGCGUGCCACAAAACGAGAAUGUCUCGCUAGUUUUGGAGUCGGACGGCACGCAAGUCGAGGACGGCGAGUACUUCAAGACACUAGGCAACAACACGAUCCUGCUCCUGCUGCGGCAUGGUGAACGCUGGUGUCCCACUGGCGUCGACAUCAUUCGCGCUGCAAUUUCAGCGAUCCCGAAAAUAGUCUGCGAGACGAUCCACGCGCUGGAGUUGCACGAUGAGACGCCAUCGUGGAAAAUCAUGGACAAUAAAGGCCGAGUCACAGUGGUGCUGCACUGGGACCAGCGUUCGUCGUCGUCGUCGCAGGUACAGCAGCAGCAAUCGAAGGCAGGCCAGGAUGCCCAGACUUCCAAGUACUCGCCGACUAAGAAAGUCGACCUGAGCGGCGCUCAACGGCCGUCCUUGGUAAUCCAGACCAGCUUGGACAAGCUCGGCUAUGAUGGCAAGGCGACGCAUCUGCCCGGCGAGAUCGGCCCGACGCGGUACACCAGCCCGCGAAUCACUGUGAUAAAUCAUGACGAUAUGCAACCAACACAACCGCACAUACCGGGCCGCCUAGUGAAACAGGGCACGAAUUCGUUCGACAGCACGACCAUCCACAUUCAUACACCGGAAUGCUCCAACCACAUUCAUCAGCCGGUCGCGCGAAACGGCAGCCCGGUGAACGGUGCUGAUGGCGGCGCCGUCGGCGAGUGCGAUUUCCAUUGCUGCGCCCUGCACGAGGAGGGUCGUAGAAUCGCUGUGCAUAAGUCAGUGGCAACGUCACCGAUCCAGGACGCGCAGCAUGCACAGUAUCAACAUCCUCAUCAUCCGCAUCCACAGCAACAACAGCAAACGCAGACGCAGACACCAUCGCCGCAGCCGCCAUCCUCCCUGUCGGACGGUACUAAGCGACCCGGUCUUAGCAAAGGUCACGUUCGCUUCCGCGACACCGCUGACGAAGAGUCGAGCUCGCGUCUGAUCGGCGCCACCAGUUUCCAUCUGCAUCAUAAUCAUCAUCAUCAUCAUCAAGAGCAUGACAGCUCCGAGUCUGAAACAGAGAACACGAUAAUGGAAGAUGAGAUCGUGACCUCGGAGAAAUUUCUGCUUUUGAUCGAUCAGCUAACGGUUGACCAGAAGCAUCAUCUUAGCAUCAAGGAUAUCGGCAUCAUACUAGAACGACUCAGCUCCAAGAUCCUUGACGUCGAGCGAUUAGAUCGCGAAAGCGAGAGCGAGGAGUGUUACAAUUGGACGAUCAAGGCGAUCAUCCGGGGCGAUGUUCUACGGGAGCUCGGAGUGAUUUAUAACGGGAACUACUACGCGAUUUCGGAGCAUCCCGGCUACAAGGAGGAGUCCGAGGAGAAUAACGAGGAUAAUGAGGAGGAGGAGGAGGAUAGACUUUAAUAUGAUGCUGUUUUACUAGAUAGAUAGAUAGAUAGAUUAUACACCUAUUCCUGGUUAUUAUUAACUUAGGACACGUUGUAAACGGAAAUAAGGGCGGGGAACAUUAUGUGAUCUCACUCUCUUGGAUUCGAGGAUUUUCAAACUUUUUUGUGAUUUUUUUCUGAGAGUCGUAACAUUUCUUGAUAUCUUCCGUAAUCCUUUAAGGAUUUCCCGAGAGCUUCCUUCCUUAAGUCUUCCUAAGAUUGCCAAAUAUUCUUUUAAGAACAAGAAAUGAAAUAGCUUCGUCUAAUGCCAAAUAGAUCUAUGAAAAUUCUUCAGAAUUAACGUAAAAUUUCUCGAUUCUUGAAUGAUAUAUAACUAUAUAGAAAUUAUCCAAGAUUUGGUGAAUUAAGAAUUCUUUAAAUCUAGUCUUCUAGGAUUUUUUUCAACUUUUUUUAAGAUUUUGGAAUUUUCUUCUAUCUUUCUCUCUCUCUCUCUCUUUCU